AUGUCUAACAGCAGCUCCUUCAAUGAGUUCCUCCUCCUGGCAUUUGCGGACACCCGGGAGCUGCAGCUCUUGCACUUCUCCCUCUUCCUGGGCAUCUACCUGGCUGCCCUCCUGGGCAACAGCCUCAUCAUCAUAACCGUAGCCUGUGACCGCCGCCUCCACACCCCCAUGUUCUUCUUCCUCCUCAACCUCUCUGUCCUGGACCUUGGCUCCAUCUCCACCACUGUCCCCAAAUCCAUGAUCAGUUCCCUGAUGAGCACCAGGGCUAUUUCCUAUUCAGGAUGUGCUGCCCAGGUCUUCCUGUUUUUCUUUUCAGCUGGAGUGGAAUGUUCUCUCCUCACUGUCAUGGCCUAUGACCGCUACGUUGCCAUCUGUAGACCCCUGCACUACCGCACAGUCAUGGGCAGCAGGGCUUGUGUCAGAAUGGCAGCAGCUGCUUGGGCCAGUGGGUUUCUCAAUGCUCUCCUGCACACUGCUAAUACAUUUUCAGUAACCUUCUGUCAAGGCAAUACAUUGGACCAGUUCUUCUGUGAAAUUCCCCAGAUCCUCAAGAUUUCCUGCACAGACUCCUACAUCAGGGAAGUUGACCUUCUUGUAGUUACUGUCUGUUUAUUCUUUGGGUGUUUCGUUUUCAUUGUGCUGUCCUAUGUGCAGAUCUUCACAGUUGUGCUGAGGAUCCCCUCUGAGCAAGGCCAGCACAAAGUCCUUUCUAUGUGCCUCCCACACCUGGUUGUGGUCUCCCUGUACAUCAGCACUGGCAUGUUUGCCUACCUGAAGCCCUCCUCUGUCUUCUCCCCAUCUCUGGAUCUAGUGCUGGCUGUUCUGUAUGCAGUGGUGCCUCCAGCAGUGAACCCCCUCAUCUACAGCAUGAGGAACAAGGAGCUCAGAGAUGCACUGAAGAAAUUGAUUCAGCUAGUUCUGAAGAAGUAA